AUGGAAUAUUCUGUGAAACAGAAGUCGUUGCGAUCAAAGUCUGUGGGCAUCACUGGGAGGACAACGAGUGUCAGACGUAAAGAAAGUUUUCAAAAAGUGAGGCAACAGUUUGAGAUCAAAUCCGCUUCCGAUUUGACCAACAAAUAUGUGGUGAAUAGUAAGGGACUGACGGAUGGCUUACUGAAAGCCAACGAUAAGAAGAUAGCCAUAAGUUUCACAAAAACUAAAUCCGAUUUAAUCCGCGACUCACUGGACGUUAUAAAGGAAAGUGAUGUCAAAAUUAGUGUUAAAUCGGCGACAAAUGGUUCCUAUUCAAACGAUCAAAGAGUGGUACCAAAGAGUUGUGGACCAAAUAGUGGUGACAAAGAGUUGGUAAAUAAAUUAUCGUCAAACAGUGCUGCUAUAAGCUAUGGAAACCGAGAUAUCAAACAUACAAAUGAAUGCAAUGAUAAGCCAGUUGUGAGCGCACCUGUAGUUUGCGUCGAUUUUUCUGAAAUAAGUGGCAAUAAUGACAGUAAUGAUGGUUAUCAGCAAACGUUGGACGACUUGUAUGAUAAUAAUUCAGAGAUCAGACUUCAUAAGUCUUUGACGAGAUCAACAUCUCAGACGUCAGACUUUGUGACGUUUGAUACGGAACCGGAUGUCGUGUUCCGGAGGCCUGAACUCAAUGUGAAUGACGUGAACAACUCGUCUAAAUCGAGACCCGUUCCCAAACAAAGGACUUCAAUCCCUAAAUAUGACGGCGAAGAUAAGGGAUUUGUGGACAAAGAGUUGGAAAACAUUUGCGACAAAAGCGACACAAAUGAUGAUUCGGUGAAAAGAGUUGGUCCGUCGGAAUCGCCCAAAACUGACACAAAGAGGUCUUCAUCCAUAAGCCAAGACAGCGGUAUAUGCGAUGUCUUUCAUAACAAAUCCUUCUUAUAUCACCCGAACAGCAAAGGAGUGAUCAGUGGUUCCGGCGAUAGAUAUAAACCGAAAACAACUCCAAAACCUAAACCUAAAGUCGAGGACACAGUUAAUGAUGAGGUGUUUGACGAACACAUAUACGAAGAGUUGAGUAAUUUUCAGUCAAAGGUUCCCAACGAAUGGGUGGACAUCGAGAGCAGCGACGAUAAGCACAACAUCCCGAGUGAAGUGGUGGUCAAUCGGCGCCAACACCUCCUCAGACCUAAUGUUAAUUACCGAAAGUCUCUGAAACCGAAGCCAAACAAACGAAAGAGUCAUCGGAGGGGCUCUUUGCCUAAAGUGGUGGUCAGUGAUGAUCACAGCGCCAGCGCUACUGAGUAUGAAGACAUCGACGAAGACGAUGAUGACGUGUGUGUUGACCACAAUGUGAUUAAUAGACAAAAUUCUGUACAAACAUGUGGUCAACGGAUAGGUAGUCCUUUAGUUAAGCCGCGAGCAAUCAGUCAUCACAUCUACGAAGAUGCCGAUGAGGUUCAGCGCCAGAAGGAGGAGCUGAAGGCAUUGGAUAUUAAAACAAAACUCGUCAGAGAGUUGUCCACUAAAUUGCUGGACAAUACUACUGAUGAGGAAGACUUAUAUAAUGAUAAUCGGGUGGAAAGCGAACCAAACAUAUACACGUCGACCCCCACAAGGGCUCCGAAAAUAAGUUUCGACUCAAAUCUAAAUCACAAAAAUAACGAAAAGGGAUUGGAUUCUGGGAGUGAUAUCCACUUAAACGUAAUCCCAUUCUCGCAAAUAAGAGCCGAUUUGAUGCAAAAACAGGACAAUAAUUCAAACGCCGGAUUAAUAGCCAGUUACCUCGAGUUUGACAAUACCAUCGAAGGACACAAUUCGUGUCAUUUUAAUAGUGAACCUCUUUAUCAAUUUUAUCAGAAGGACGUCCGCCGUAGGGCUGAGCUAUGGAUCCAUUUGGACCAAAAGGGCCCGGAUUUUGAUUAUGAUGUCUACGAAGAUAACUCCAUUUAUGAGCAGAGGAUUAGUGAUCCAAAUGAUCAGCAAUUGAGUGCUCAGAGAAUUAAGUCUUAUUAUAAGAGGAAUAUAUCUGCCAUGGAUUUUGUGGGAAACGGUCCCAAUAGGUCCUUAUGGUGUCAGUUGCCUCAAGUUAUCAACUCUAAGGAUAAUUUGUUAGCAACGAUGUCUCCUCAAGAGAAGCGACUGCAAGAGUCCAUGUUUGAGAUCAUAACAUCUGAGGCGUCCUAUUAUAAGAGUAUCGCUAUAUUAAUCUCUCAUUUUACAAAUUGUCAAGAAUUUAAUGGUCAUAAUGAACAGGUGCUUACACGUAGCAUGGCACUAAACAUUGUUCACCUGAUUGUUAGGGAAAGGAAGUGUUUGUUUUCAAACAUAGCCGACAUAUCAACGGCCAGUUCCCGUCUAUUGACUCAUUUGGAGCGCCGUUUCGAGAAAAACAUACUUUUAUACGAUGUCUGCGAUAUUCUGUACGACUUUGCCGUCAAUCACUUCCAGCCAUACGUUCACUACUGUGCCUAUCAGAGGGACGGAGAAAAACUGUUGUCCCAAUUGACACAAACCAGACCCCAGUUCCUCGAUGUUCUGCAACGACUCGAAUCCAAUCAGAUCUGUCAGAACCAGACUCUGCUCUCAUUUCUUAUGCUACCGAUGCAGCGCAUAACUCGUUACCCGCUUCUGAUUGACGCCGUUUGCCAACAAUUACCAGAAAAGAGUCCGAUUCUAGAGUCGGCCCGAAAGACGCUCACAAUUGUUAACCAAUUGGUCCGACAGUGCGAUGAAGAGACCAAAAAAGUGCAGAGAAUGCAAGAAUUGAUUGAAAUCGAGAAAGUGCUGCACUUUAAGAGCAAAAUCAAAAGCUAUCCCAUUGUGUCCGGUGCCAGAUAUCUAGUAAAGAGGGGUUCAGUGACACGACUAUCACCACAACUGUCAGCGAAGAGGACUAUCGGCAAAUCAACCCUCAAAUGGACGAAGACUUGCAUUCAUUUAUUUCUUUUCAGCGAUCUAUUGAUUCUCGCAAAGAAAAAGAGCGAAACAAAUUAUGCUGUGUUUGACUACUGCUCUCGAAAUACAGUUCAACUCAUAUCUCUGGGCGCUGCCGGCGAAGGCAUUGGUGGACAGGUGGGCACCACACCCGUUAAGAUCACAAUUCCCGUCAAUUACCAGAAUUUGGUUCAACUCAUACUUCUUAAUAAUCACGAGUCAAAGACUGUUGAAUAUACCAUUCAUUUUGAUUUAGAGAGUGAUAAACUUCGAUGGAUUGAAGCCGUGUCUCAGCCCUCGUCUGAUGAUCCAAAUGAAGUGAUUUAUGAGGAGUGGGACUGUCCACAAGUGCAGUGCGUCCGGUGUUAUAGCGCCCGACAGACCGAUGAAAUCAGUUUAGAAGAGACCGACGUUUUGAAUGUUUGCCGCAAAAUGAAAGACGGUUGGUUUGAAGGCCAAAGAAUAAGGGAUGGUGUGAAGGGGUGGUUCCCAUCGGAGUUCACCGAAGAAAUUGUAAACCAACACGUUAGGGCUCGUAAUAUGCGGUUACGACACCGGCUGUUGAUGUAUACCCAGUCCUAUAUUGAGGUCCAAAAACGGUCGUCCUUAGAUUUGCAUUUUAUGCAAUAAUUUUCUCACUAUAUUGAGUACUGUACUGAAUACGAACUUUAAUGCAAUUAAAAAAUUAAUACAAAUACUGUAUAAUGAACAACUGUAUAAGCC